GGCCUCCCUUGAAACUCAAUUCCUCCAUGGAAGUCGAAGUCAAGCUCCGUCUCCUAACCGCCGCUGCUCAUCUCCGUCUCACCACUCUCCUCACUCCAUACCAUCUCAAAACCCUUCACCAACGCAACAUCUUCUUCGACACACCCAAAAACGAUCUCUCUCUCCGCCGCGCCGUCCUCCGUCUCCGUUUCCUCCAAAACGCCGCCGUUUCUGCGGCUUCUUCUUCUCCGCCGCGUUGUAUCGUCUCUCUUAAAGCGAAACCAACUCUAGCUAAUGGGAUUAGUCGUGUGGAGGAAGAUGAAGAGGAGAUUGAGUAUGGGAUUGGUAAAGAAUGUGUUGAUUCACCGGCUAAGCUCUCAGAUAUUGGAUCUAGGGUUUUGAAAAGGGUUAAAGAGGAAUAUGGGUUUAAAGACUUUCUAGGGUUUGUUUGUUUAGGUGGGUUUGAGAAUGUUAGGAAUGUUUAUGAAUGGAGAGGUGUGAAACUUGAGGUUGAUGAGACUAAGUAUGAUUUUGGGAACUGUUAUGAGAUUGAAUGUGAGACAGAGGAACCAGAGCGUGUUAAGACAAUGAUUGAGGAGUUUCUUACAGAGAACAAGAUUGAGUUUUCGAAUUCCGACAUGACUAAGUUUGCUGUUUUUCGGUCAGGAAAGCUUCCUUGACAGGGUGGGAGAAAUGGUGGCUCUAACUAGAAGAGUGGUUUCUUGGUUCAUGGCUUUUGGUCAUCAGCAUUGGUCAAGUUAAUGUUGAUUGCAAGAAAGUUUACUACUAUUGAACUAGAUGAGCUCAGUUUGUACUGUUUCUUAAGGCCUUGUCGAUCUCUCUGACACUUUAAGGGUUUGGUUCCUGAGCCUUAGUAUUGUUUUGGAAUUGGUUUUCUGUAAAUUUUAUUUUUGCCAUAAAUUUUACAUCUAUCG